CUCCGAGCCAUAACUCUUGUUAUGCUAAUAUACAUCUAUUGGCGCUUCGUUAUACUCAAGAUUUGAAAGUUUAUAGCUACAAAAAUAUUUUAGAACACUUUGUAAGUGAAAUGCAAAAACUACAAUCCGUUGGCUUUUGUAAGGACUUUCCGAAAAUUGAUUCUAAACAGAUUUAUGUUGGUCUUUGUCAGAUGUCUUGCGAUAAUCUUGCUCUCAAUGGGUUGUUUGGUUUCAUUAAAUGCUUUUCAGCAGAUUUUUUUUGCACUCUAUGUUUGGCAACCAAAAAAACAAUUCAAAUUAAAACAUAUGAGUUUUGAAAUGAGAACAAUAGCUUCUUAUAAUGAUGAUCUGAAAGCAUUAGAAACCCUUGCUUUAGGAACUCAUAUACAUGGUGUCAAAGCAACUUGCUCCUUAAAUAAAAUUCCUGGUUUUCAUGUUGUUGAAAAUUUUGUUCUUGACCCAAUGCAUACACUACUAGAAGGUGUUGAAUUUGGUUGCAUUCUUUUGAACUUGGUUGCAUUCUUUUGAGCUUGGUUGCAUUCUUUUGAACUUGGUUGCAUUCUUUUGAACUUGGUUGCAUCCUUUUGAACUUGGUUGCAUUCUUUACCAUUUGAUCAAAAUCAAACAUUUCUCAUUAUCAGUUUUAAAUACUUGCAUGCAUCAAUUUUUUGAUCGUAAUUCAGUUGAAAAAUCUAAACAACCACCCAAAAUAUGCCAAGUUGAGAAACCAGGGAGAGGUCUUUCACCUUCAAUGAAGGCGAUUCAAAUGUGGUCUUUGCUUAAGUAUUUGCCUAUGAUUGUUGGUCAAUUUGUACAUGAAGAUGAUGGUUGCUGGAUUUUUUUGUUAAAUUUAUAGAUUGUAGAUUUAAGAUAUGCUCCUAAAUUUACCAAAGGAAUGAUAGCAUAUUUAAGAGUCUUUAUAUCUGAUCAUCUAUCGGAUUUUAAGAAUCUGUUUGGACAAGUAGCAAAGUUGCGUCCCAAACAUCACUUUCUGGUCCACUUUCCUACAAUUAUUAUAAAACACUGACCUCUUGGUGGAAUGAGUUGUCUUCGAUAUGAGAUGAAAAAUUCAUUUUUAAAAAGAUCUGCAAAUGUAAUUUGCAACUUUGUUAAUAUUUGCAAGACUCUGGCUUAUCGCCAUCAGUGUAACUCCUUUUACUCUCGCUUUUCAUAGCAAUAUUUGAAAAUUUUUAUCACUGUAGGUAAUAAAUCUGAAUUUAUGACUGCAAGUUUUGCUGGUACUUACCAUGAGUGUAUUUAAAUUGCAUUAAACUUGGUAUAGAAUAUACAGAAGUUAUUUGCUUAGCUUUGAAAAUGAAUGUGGAUUCUAUUUUAUAUCGCAAAGGCCAUUGUUUUGUGAUUAGUCGCAGAAUAAAUGGUGAUCCAGUAUUUGGAGAAGCGGUAGCAUUUGUAAGUUUACCUUAUAUUGAUAAAUGGUACAUUGUGCUGCAUUUAUGCAUUACGGAAUAUUUUUGUAGCCAUUUUCAUGCUUAUGUCAUAUCUCAGAGUUUGCCUGCAGAAUUUAUAUGUAUAUCCAUUGACAGCUUGUGUGACCAUAAUCCCCUUUUUAAUUAUUUGCAACCUGGUAAAGAUAACAUAAAUCUUAUUCGACUUCCUUCCAUAUUGUGUUAAAGGCUGUGUUAACUGUCAAUUUAAUUAUUAAUUUUUAAAAUUAAUAUAAAAAUCUUUUUAAAUUUUUGUUGUUGUUAUUAGAUAUGUGAUAUUAGUAUUCUCUGAUUAAUUUUGUUUAAUUUUUACUAAAAGCAAAAAAACAAUUUUGUUUUAAAUUUAUUAUUUUAAUACUGUCAUACAUUGAAUAUUGUACAGUAUUAAUUAUUAUUAGUAUCAUUUACAGUGUUUUUGUUUGAUAUCAAAAAACAUAAAAUGUUUUGUAAAUUGAAAUGUUUUUAUUAAUAAUUUUGUUAUUUUUAGUUGAGUUUCUUUUUCAAAAAAAAAAGGAUGUUCUUUUUAAGCAUUUAUCUGGUAUCGUGAAAGGAGAUCUAUCAAAUAAAAUUAUGUGUAGAAUUCAUGUAAACUCACAAUCUUCAACAGAAUGUACAUCAAUGAUGGAUUCAACAUCAGUAUCAACUCCAGCUGCAAUAAUGCUACAACUACCUGCCCGUGAUGUAGUAAAUGUAGAGUCACUGGUUUAUGCACUUGAGCAGAUAUUAUGUAACUAUACAAAGGGAGGAUCUAAAAUAGUUGAAAAACUGAAACAAGGCAUCUACUACACAAGAUCAGAACGUGUUUUAAUAUUUAAAGUCCUUCGGAAACAUCUGAUGAAAAACUGUUUAAUUCAAAAUGAUCCUAGUUCAAAAGAAAUGACAAUUUUGGCAAAGAGUAUUGUCGUGGAAUUUCCAGUCCUUUUUUCCACACCAAAUAGAUAUAAAGAGAUUUACUGUGCAAAGGGUGCCACUGGUUAUCUUGCCUAAUAUGUACGGCAAAACGUCACAGAGACCCAUUUAUUAAGAAGCAUUUGACUUGGCGAAAAAAUAGUAGAGUCAGCAAUCCAUUACCAAACAUUAAAGAUGAUGGCGUCGGCUUCGAGAAAUUAGGCCGACGGCAACAAACCUAUCUGAGUUAGUGCAGCUCAUGCAUAACACUAGAGAGAAUAGACGAUCUUGGAUCAAUACUUGCAAUCCUGAUGCCACUAGUAUUUUAAACAGAUUCCCUCGUUCGUUUGAUGUAAACGAGUUAAUAAGCCAGGAGUUUGCAGCGAUUGCAAGCGAAUUUCUUACUCUGCGAGUUGCUAUUUUAUCUUUUCGUCAAAAGAUACUCUGAAAAGCUAAAAGAUACUUGUAUACAAGGCCGGCGCGAUAGGGG